GCGCAAGCGCUUGGGAGAGCAUCGAUCUGUACGAAGUUUCAUGACGCUCUGACACUAGACAGCUGCAAAACAUUCCAGUGAGCAUGUCGGUGGAAAAGCGUUUGGCAUUCUCCAUCGUGCAGUUCCUCAGAGAACAGACGCAGAAGGGAUCCCUGAGCUCCGAUGAGCAGGAAAGCCUCGAAGUUGCAAUACAAUGCUUGGAGAACACAUACAAGAUCAGUCCCAGCGACUGUCACCUGGCCGCCCCUCAACCGCUGACAGAGAUCUUCCUCAACUCCCUGCUCAAGAACGACAUCUUGACCUCCCCCGAGACUACCCCCUCUCCAGAGGACAUCGAGAGGGCGGAGCAGCUGAAGAACGAAGGGAACAACCAUAUGAAGGAGGAGAACUUCGCCUCAGCCGUGGACUGCUACACCAAAGCCAUCGACCUGGACCAACGCAACGCCGUGUACUACUGCAACAGGGCGGCUGCCCAUAGUAAACUGGGACACUACACGGAGGCCACGGUGGACUGUGAGAGAGCCAUCGCCAUCGACCACACAUACAGCAAGGCCUACGGACGCAUGGGGCUGGCUCUGACCUCCAUGGGGAAGUAUCCAGAGGCCAUCACCUUCUUCAAGAAGGCGCUGGUUCUCGACCCGGAGAACGACACCUACAAGUCCAACCUGAAGAUAGCAGAGCAGAAACAACGGGAGGUGUCCAGUCAGACUGCCACAGGUCUGGGUUUCGACAUGGCCAGCCUCAUCAACAACCCCGCCUUCAUCAGCAUGGCCGCGAGUGUCAUGCAGAACCAACAGGUGCAGCAACUCAUGUCAGGUAUGAUGACCAAUGCGGUGGGUGACCAUGCAGCGGGAGUGGGCGGCAUGUCAGACAUCUCCAGCCUCAUCGAAGCGGGUCAGCAGUUUGCGCAGCAGAUCCAGCAGCAGAAUCCUGAACUGAUCGAGCAGCUGAGGAACCACAUCAGGAGCCGCAGCUUUAGUGGCAGCGCAGAGGAGCAGGAACACUCCUGAUACA